UUUCCUUGGGUCACAUAAGUAGUAUGUCAGAAUUCAAGCUCAGAUCUCCCCUGACUCUAAGCCCUGUGUUGUAUCUGCUUUGAUUCACAGUCCAAGACUCUAGUCACUAUUCCAGGCAAUAUUCUAAUCACAGGAUUUUACCUACUAAGGUAUUACAUGGUCUGUAGGAGAAUUAAAAUUUCAGGGAGAUGAUCUUUUCAAUUUUGAGUCCUUCAGGUUCACGAGGAGGUUUCUCCUUGACCAAAAGGUUUAAUAAUAUUUUCUCAUUAAAAAAAAAAGUAAGAAAAAAAAACAAUUCACCGUUUAAACUGUUUUGUAACUACAUGAAUCAACGUAAAUAGCCAAAGAAAAGGCUCGGUGCUAUCUCCACCCACUCCCUUUUUUCUUAGUCUUAUGUGUAAAGUGUUUCCUGACUCUUCUUCCCACAUACUAAAAUUAGGAUAAAGGAUCUCAAAGAAGAUUCCUUUCUAAGCUUCUGCCCCUUGUAUCAAAAGGGGGGGGGGAGGCGGAUACCUAAGAAAUGAAGAGACAAAGAAAUGCGAAAAGGGCACACCCAACGGGAGACGAUUUCUUUUAUGUAUAUAUAGGUUUUUUUUCAUUCCUUACUUAUCAGUGACUUUGUAGAGAUCUUUGGUCUGUGGGACAGUAGGAUAAGGUCAACCAUUAUCUUCUUUGGGAAAUUGUCUGGGUAGUGGAGAACACAGAGGGAAAGCUCGUCUGAAAAUUAAAGUGAGCAAACAAAGAGAACUCCCCCCUGCUGCUAGCAAGCACAGCGCUGCCGCAUCGGGAGACGUCACAAACCUACUAGCGGUUCGAGUCCGCCUUCCUAGGAAAAGUGCAAAUAAAUAAUUGAUCGAGAAGAUCAAACAUCCCUGGGGCGGGCUAAACUAAAGAAAAAAAAUUUGCCUCCACAUUGAGAGCGAUGAGCAAAGCCCUCUUUUUUCUAUUGGCUUUGUUAUAUGUGGCCACGUGCGAGUAAACGAGGACGGGGCGCUGGGAGUGGAUCUCGCUGGUCCAGCCUUGGGCGUGGCUUCUUUAGACGUUGUGCCUCCCCGGAGCAUUUUUUUUUUCUCCUUUGCUUUGCUUUCUCCUUUCUUCUUCCUUCCCUCUUCAGUCAGUGGUUCUUUCUUCAGUCAGGCCCGGUGCGGUCAGCUCCUGAAUUCUAUUGCACUUCCUGAGAAUAGCCUGGCCCCGCUUGGUACCUCGAGUGGAUGCGUCUAGGGAACAGCAGCCGGGCAGCUGGCAUCCUGGCUUUAAAGAUAAGGCAGUCGGCUAUGGCGAUGAUUAAGAAGGAGGAUCACCAAGUGAUGAAAGUCGUUCAAUCCCUUUUGGGAAUGUGAGUCUAGAUAAACCAUCCGCGGCAGGCCAUGAAUCAGCUACCUGUCGGGGGCACUGCCCCGGCUGCCUCUGCUGCUGCAGCAGCAGCGGCUACUGCCGCCGCCACCGCGGAGCCUCGCCUUCAUCCUGAGGGCAGCAGCAGGAAGCAGCAAAGGGCUCAGUCACCGGCUAGACCCCGGGACAGUACAGUCCGACAGACAGCCACUGCCGCCAGGACCCCUGUAGGAACGAGCACCAAACUCAACUCUGCACGACAGCAGCAGCUUCAGCAACAGCAGCAGCAGGGAUUGAAAUCCAAUAGCAGUCGCCUAGUGACUCCCUCUGGCAUCCGGGGAGGGGGAGGGGCAGGGGAAAAGCCGCCGCCGCCUGCUACGCUCAAAGGCGCCCCGCUGGGAGCUGUCCAAACAGGAGGUGGUGCUGAAGCAUCCCCAGCCGGUACCCCAACCACGGUGGGGAACAGGAGACCCUGUCCCACUGAGGAGCCGUCUCGGGAUGGAGAAGCCGCGACCCCCAAAUCAGCGGAGAAGGCUCAGCUAGGAGGAGGGGGAGGGGGAGGGGGAGGGGGAGGAGCAGGAGCAGGAGUAGGAGCAGGAGGAGGCUCUGGGGAAAGGGAGGGGGGCGCUCUGCAGCCGCCGCCGCCCAGAGGCUGGCGAGGUAAAGCCGGGCGCACGCCACAGAAGGGUGGCAGCGGCGGAGGAGAGGUGGCCUCCUCUUCACCAUCCUCCUCCUCCUCCUCUUCUACUGGCAAAACCCCGGUUCCCACCAGUAGAAACCCCGGGAGCGUUGUUGCGGGGGGCGGUGGCGGCUACUGGAAAGAGGGAUGUCUGCAGUCUGAGCUCAUCCAGUUUCAUCUCAAGAAGGAGCGGGCGGCGGCAGCUGCGGCAGCAGCUCAAAUGCAAACCAAGAGCAGCAGCAAUAGCAAUAGCAGCUCCCCAGUCGCCACAGCCGCCUCGGGGCCUCUUUCCUCCCCUUCCCCCUCCCCAAUGGCGGCUGCAGCAGAGGGCCUACAGCAGGGGGCAGGGGGCAGCCCAAGCAGCGGGGGGAUGCAGGCGACUGCUCCGCCCUCGACACCGCAGCAACAGCAACAGCUACAGGAACAAGAAGAAAUGCAAGAGGAAAUGGAGAAGCUGCGAGAAGAGAAUGAAACCCUCAAGAACGAAAUUGACGAACUGAGGACCGAAAUGGAUGAGAUGAGGGACAGCUUCUUUGAGGAGGAUGCCUGUCAGCUGCAGGAAAUGCGCCACGAGUUGGAAAGAGCCAACAAAAACUGCCGAAUUCUGCAGUACCGCCUCCGCAAAGCAGAACGCAAGAGGCUCCGCUAUGCGCAGACGGGGGAAAUUGAUGGGGAGCUACUAAGAAGCAUGGAGCAAGAUCUCAAGGUUGCAAAGGAUGUUUCAGUGAGACUUCACCAUGAAUUGGAAAAUGUAGAAGAAAAACGUACCACAACAGAAGAUGAAAAUGAGAAGUUGAGGCAACAGCUUAUAGAAGUUGAGAUUGCAAAACAGGCUUUACAGAAUGAAUUGGAAAAAAUGAAAGAGCUAUCACUGAAAAGAAGAGGAAGUAAAGACUUGCAGAAAUCUGAUAAAAAGUCACAGCAGACUCCUACAGAGGAGGAUAGUGAAGAUCUGAAAUGCCAGCUGCAAUUUGUCAAGGAAGAAGCUGCUCUGAUGCGAAAGAAAAUGGCAAAGAUUGAUAAAGAGAAGGACAGAUUUGAGCAUGAGCUCCAAAAAUACAGGUCAUUUUAUGGAGACCUGGACAGUCCUUUACCCAAAGGAGAAGCUGGAGGACCUCCCACAACGAGGGAGGCUGAGCUCAAGCUUCGUCUGAGGCUGGUGGAAGAAGAAGCCAACAUCCUGGGGAGGAAAAUAGUGGAACUCGAGGUAGAGAACAGAGGCUUGAAAGCUGAACUUGAUGAUUUGAGAGGAGAUGACUUCAAUGGGACAGCUAAUCCCCUCAUGAGGGAGCAGAGUGAAUCCCUCUCUGAGUUAAGGCAACACCUGCAGUUGGUGGAAGAUGAGACAGAAUUGCUCAGAAGAAACUUGGCUGACCUGGAGGAGCAAAACAAAAGGAUCACAACAGAGCUAAAUAAGUACAAGUACAAGUCUGGGGCCCACGAGAGCUCGAGGCACCAUGACAGUGCCAAAACUGAAGCCCUCCAGGAGGAGUUGAAGGCUGCCCGUAUGCAGAUCAACGAACUCAGUGGCAAGGUCAUGCAGUUGCAGUAUGAGAACCGAGUACUUAUGUCCAACAUGCAGCGUUAUGACUUGGCCUCCCACCUGGGGAUUCGGGGCAGCCCCAGAGACAGUGAUGCUGAAAGUGAUGCUGGAAAGAAAGAAAGUGAUGAUGACUCCCGUCCACCACACCGCAAAAGGGAAGGGCCCAUUGGUGGAGAGAGUGACUCAGAAGAGGUCCGAAAUAUCCGAUGCCUCACCCCCACCAGAUCCUUCUACCCAACCCCAACCACCUGGCAAAAAAACUUCACAGACCGGCAGCAAAUGAAGGAUAUCCGCUCAGAAGCAGAGCGUCUGGGAAAGACAAUAGACCGGCUGAUCUCAGACACUAGUACCAUCAUCACUGAGGCAAGAAUUUAUGUGGCCAAUGGGGAUCUGUUUGGACUGAUGGAUGAGGAAGAUGAUGGCAGCAGGAUCCGGGAGCAUGAACUGCUUUACCGGAUCAAUGCACAGAUGAAGGCAUUUCGGAAAGAACUCCAGACUUUCAUCGACAGGCUAGAAGUUCCAAAGUCAUCAGAUGACAGAAGUGCAGAUGAGCCAUUGUCUGUUAGUCAGAUGUUCCAGCCUAUCAUUUUACUUAUUCUCAUUCUUGUAUUAUUUUCAUCACUUUCUUACACAACAAUAUUUAAACUUGUCUUUCUUUUUACGCUGUUUUUUGUACUGUAAGCCUUUCGUCAUUUAUUGUUCAUUGUAGUAUUAUUUUCCAUUUGUUUAUUUUGUCCACCCUCCAAGAUAAGAAGUAACAGAAGUAUAGUUUCUGUAGUAACCAAUGCUAUAAAAACACUGAAGACUGCUUGUUUCUUAAAAAAAAAAAAAGACACACAUACACACACAGCCAAAGCAACUGACUGAUAUAAGAAUCCGGUCUACAAGAAUAUUUCAGCUAUACAUUCCACUUGUUUUUCACUGCUAAAUUUACCAAUGGAUUGACAGAACUUUAAAAGGAUUUCCUCCCUGCAAAAAAAAAAGAAAGCAAGAGGCCUUGGAACUGUGUCUUGUUAUAUUUAUACUGUGAUCUAUUUUAAAAGCUACACACAAAGGCAAGAGAGAUUGGUUCAAAUAAAGUAAUUCCCAGACUCCAAGAAUCAGUAAGGAGAAACAAAGGAGAACAAAAAAAUUUCAAAAAAACACCUCUUCAUUGGCUCUUACUUGGUUGC